UUGUUGCAGCCUCUCACACGCACACACACAUUCAUAGGUGUAAAUUCGACUAAACCCCUAAACAUACUUUCGAUGUUUAUUCUGUAAGGUUUGUAAGUCGACUCGAGUACGUGCUCCGUGACUUUUUGUGCAAAUUUUUAUUAUUUUUCUUUAAGAAAUAUUUUUAUAAUAAACGGAAUAAUUUCAACCAAUUUUUAUCAAUCGUUUGAGAAUUAAUUUCGGUGCAGUGAAUUGUGACGGAAAUAGAAAAAAUUGAUAAAUAUCACACAUUUUUAUGUAUAUUUAAAAUUAAAUGAUGUUGGUUGAAUGAAAUUUCUUUUGGAAGAAUUUUCAACAUGAGAACAUUGUCUUUGAUAAAAAAAAUUUAUAUAAAAGCAAAAAAAUAAGUCGUUUUGUGAAUGUGCGUGAUUGGAAAUUACAAUGUAAAUGUAUGUAUAAAAGUGUGUAUAUAUAUGCUACGAUAAAGGCAAAGUUUAUUUAUCCAAUACAAACAAAAAAAAAGUUAUAAAAUGAUGUUGUGCUUACCAGUAUGAGUUUGACAGAGAAGAAGAUAUACAGCUCUUUAUAAUUUUGAGCAUUAGCAUUUUGUAUUUUUGUACGUCAUAGUCAUUUAAACACACUCAAAUGGCAAGACGAAGAAAAGAGACUUCAAAAUCAAAGUCAUCUGUUCGAAAAACUAUGGACAAUGCAAAUGCAGUCGACGGAGAUAACAAAUUAAAAGAUGAUCCUGGUGGUGGACAACCACAGGCUAUGGAUGAAAUAAAAUAUUUGUCCAACAUAACGAGUCAGGCAAAUAAUCCGACAGAAAUUUCCCAACAAAAUCAAAUUCACGAUAAUCAUCAUCAUCAUAAAUACAACAACAGCAACACCCACGUUUCCGAUCUUAAGUACCUGCAUAAAAAAUUUAAACGAAUCGCCAGUGCCACCGUUGUAGAUAAUAUUAAUACUCCAGUCAUAGAUAGUCGUCCAAUAAAUGAAGUAAAAUUAAAUUCGAGCAGUCAACCUGAAAUUGUCGGUCAAGGAGAUGUCCAUCAUUUGAACAAUAUUUCAAAGGAUGAACAACAGUUCCAUCGACUAAAAACUGAUCAAGAGACAGUGGAUGAAAAGUCAGAGGUUGUAGUUCCACAAAAAACGCUGCAUCAAGAAAAUCCGAAACAUUUUCAUCCAACAACUGCAACCGUUCUCAAUGGAUUCAGUUACUCAUACACUAACAAUAAUAGUAGAUCAAUUGAAGCUGUAAACAAUUUAAACGAAAUAAGUAAAUUCAACGCAAACGGUAGCCCCAUCAUAGCUGCAUCGAAUGAAAAGUUUAACAAUUUUGCGCAAACUGACGUUGCCAACCUAAUUAAUUCACACAAACAGAGUGUCAAUGCCAUUAUAUCGAACAGUUCUUCCAUAAGUUCAGUGAACACAACAAAAACCUAUUUUAUACCAGUGGAAACAGCACUGAAGAACCAGGACGGUGUGAAAACGUCGCCGCUGGAAAUUAAUCAGCAAAGGUUAGACUCAUAUACACCUCCAACGGUUAAUUACCAACAGACAUUGAUGGGGAAAUCAACAUUCAACAAUUAUCCACUGAAAACGCCCACACAUCAUUACCAGUCAAUUGGUGACGUUGUCCGACCAACAACUUCGACGCUUAACUCGAUUUCGAUCAUUCAAGCGCCAAAUCAGUCCAAAAUGCAAUAUCAACAAACACACCCAGAAGCAUCCCAAACACCAGGUCGCUAUGUGUGUCCAUACUGUCAGUUGAACUGUACCAAACCAUCUGUUUUACAAAAACAUAUCCGUGCUCAUACAAACGAACGGCCAUAUCCUUGUGAUGUAUGCGAUUUUGCAUUUAAGACAAGAAGUAAUUUGUACAAACAUUGCAGAUCCAGAGCUCAUGCUCUUCGAACGCAAGGCGUUGAACCGCAACCAGACGAUGAAGCUUCUUUGGGUGGCUCGGAUCAAGAUCAAGACCAAGAACUCAGUAGCAGUGCCAGUUCAGAUGUUAUAAGUGGAACAGCAUCGCCAACAGAAGAUCGAGUAUCAUCUCCCUCUUCGCAUCAGAUUGAAAAACCGUACAAGCCAAAGUUUCACAAUGCCGCACUCUACACCGCAGAAGAUCAACAAAAACAAAAAUUUGCUCAACAACAUCAGCAGCCUCAAUCCCAACAACAACUACAGCCCACAACAUCUACAAUUACCACUCCCGGUGCCAUAUCCAUAUCCCAUCCACUGUCAACACAAAACGUGGAAUAUUUGAAAGAGCGCAUUUCGAAAAUAAUAUCCGAAAAUGAAACGAUCGUGGAAGGGGUUGAGGCUCCACUGAAAAAGAAAUACCGAAAAAUAACGGGUAUAUCACGCGGCGCUUCUGUAAACGAAACUCCCAGCACAAAACUGACCAUGGCUUUAUUGAAACGUGAACGCGAAGAAUCACAAAACAAUGCCAACAAUAACGUUACCACAGCAAGUGUUCAACAAAGUACUACAUCGACUACAGUCACUUCCAGUCAAACGGUCCGACCAACCCUACCAACGCUACAGCAACAAGCUCAGCAAGUGCUUCAGUCUAGCCAACAGUUUUCAUUAAAUCUGACACAAAUAUUUGAUGCCAACGAAAAUCAAAGAAAACGAAGAUUCAGUGAAGGUAUUGGAAUCAGUCAGGAAGUUGCAACGCAUCCACAAAAUCCCGAACGGUCAAUAAUAAAGGAUUUAUUAUUGAAUUCGCGUGGUUUGGCAGUACCGACUGGAGAAGGAGAUGAAGCGGUCUACACAUGUCCAUUGUGCAAAAUAACAUUUCGUAGAGCAGAUAAUCUACAAUAUCACACCCAAUGUUACUGUCAAGGUAGUCCAGCUUCAACUCCUCAAAGUGCACCAAUAAGUCCCGUUGGUUCACCUUCGCAUAAAUACUUGCGAUCGAAUUCAUUUAACGUAAAUCUACCUGAAAGAUACAAUCCGAACACUUUAGCCAAACUAGCUAGUAGUACACUACGACAUCCGAGUAAGACACCGUUGAGCCUAGCUAAAUUGGCACAAACGAAAAUCAAACCAGGCCGAUCAAAACCUGAAAAUAUUGUGAUAAAUAAAGACACGUGUCCAGCACCAACACCACUGCCAACUCAAUCCAUUUCUGUGCAAUGUGCUCCGAUAGCGAAAUUAAUUGACGCUCCGUUGCCAUCUCCUGGACCACUGUUGGGAAAGACUAGAUUGGUGGACACAUACAACGGUGAUCGGAUGACUGAAGAAGCAAUUGUUUCACAUUUUACAAGUGAACGUGAUAGUUCUGCUCAAGCCUACAAUAUAAAAUCGUUUCCAGCCGAUAGAGAAAAACGAUCUCGUGUGGAUAGUUACUCAUUGAAUUCACCUGUUUUCCUAACGUCGAUGGAGCAACUGGCAUCACCCAAUUCAAGACUACUUCAAAUGUGUGGUGGCGAUCUCAAGAUCGUCGAACGACGUGAAGAGACUGUCCCAAAAUUUGGCUCUUCAGGAGGAUCAAUAGUUUCAAUAUCACCUCCAUCUGAUUGCCAUACACCCGAGCCAUUUAGUAUUCGUUCAGGCUUACUUUCCGGUGGAGGAGUAGUUGAUUCUGAUGUCAACUCAACUACGGGUUAUGCUACCCCUACAUUAACACCGAAACAUGGACAGUUAAGUGGUCAAUAUUUCCAAUUUCCACCUAUAAGCCCAAUCAUCACCGGAUACAAUCCGUUAACAUUGCCGCCCGUUCAUGCAACCACAAUUGUCCAUGGAGGACGAAUAAUCCCUCAUGUUCCUGGUAUUCCCGGUCCAAGUUCAUUAUCUCCACGUCCCGUGAGCCCGUUAAAACGUAUUCCUAGUCCUAGUAAUCGGCGAAUGGUUCCGAGUCCACUGACACUGUCAUCGUCAAAUGCGAUAAUGACCAAUACCAACAGCGCUACUCCAAAAUUUACAGUUCAAACAAACUCGCAAGUUAAUAAGAGUUUAGUUGCACGAACCAUUCCUAACAUCAAAAUCGAUGAUUCCGAUGAGAAAUCGAAGAAGAUCGGCCGCAAUGGUAUCAACGAAAGUAAUUUAAUAUCACCUAUCACUUCGGCGAAACCCGACACUAAAAGGUCAUUCAACUUUUCGCGAAUCGCUGAAAAUCUAAGUCCUCGCAAUGAUAUGAAGAAAAACAUUCAAGAGCCAAUCGAUGCCGACGUGAGAUACUUCAAUUUCGAUAAUUUGGUAACAAAACCGGAAAUCAAGUCAUCCCACACAUCUCCGCUGCACAUUGAUGUGUCUACGGCGCCAAAUCUACAAAUUAUUCGUUUAGAAGAAACGACCACAAUAAAUGAACCCGCAAAAUCGACCAAGUUCCUAAGGCCAUCCAGUCUUCCGUUAAAGCCGGGCACAUUUACUCCGAAACGACAUCAUGGCAUCACACCGACCGCUAACACUUUGCCAUUGAUAUCACCAGAAACACCGCGACCAUCAAAGAGUUGCGUGCAACUUUAUCUCAAUGGGCAUGCUUACACUUAUCUGGGUCUGAAAUGCAGUACAAAGACAUUUUAUUGUACAGUUAAUCGGCCGCAGCCCGUACAUUUCACCAAUCAACACAAAUUGUCGAUCUACAGCAAUUGGCAAAUAUGUGCGGAAAGUGAUCCACAUCCAUUAGGAUUGUCACCGAAAAAUGCAAUGUCCCUAUACGAUUCGAGGCAAAGACCAUCAAUGCCGUAUACGAUGGCUAAACAGUCACAAACAUGUACCACACUUCAUUCGCAGUCAUUGAUUGUUACACCAUUUGACAACAAUAAGUUGUUGUCAACGAAUGAUAAUUCCAGUGCCAAUAGAAAUGCCGCCACAUCUAAAUCAGAAGCAACUGUACCGGCUGUCAGCGGUGGAUACGAAAGCAACGAAAAUUAUACUUACGUUAGAGGCAGAGGUCGUGGGCGUUACGUUUGUUCAGAAUGUGGUAUUCGUUGUAAGAAGCCGUCUAUGUUGAAGAAGCAUAUACGAACUCACAGUGAUGUUCGACCAUAUACCUGUCAGCACUGUCUAUUUAGUUUCAAAACGAAAGGCAAUCUGACAAAACAUAUGAAGUCAAAAGCUCACUAUAAAAAAUGUGAAGAACUGGGUCUGACUCCACUUCCACCAUCUACGGAUGAUGAUGGAGCAGAUGACGACAUGGAGGGAUCUUCAAUGACUUCUGGUGAUCACACAUCCACGGUUCCUGGUGACUCUGACACAGAUGAUUUAACUGACGGAGAAGAUGGGGAAAAUGAUAGUAGCGAUACCAGUGAUUCCAAAAUGCGACUGCCUGAACACGAAGCAGCAAGAUGUUUAUUAUAUUUAUCACAAACUCCUCCCGGCAACACAUCGAUGCCCAAUUUGAUUCCCGUGCGUCCGAUGACGUAUCCAUACGGAGAUCAGCCGUCGCAAAUAUUCACUCAACCAACUUCGGAUCCACCAUCAGCACGUCGGGUUAUAUCGUUUCAAACAGCUACACCAUUCGAAUCGCCCAAACACGAUCAGUACUACGCGAAUCCUAAAGUAUCGGUGAUGAGUCAGAAGUUUGAAGAUUCAAACAGUAUGCCAAUUGAUCUGACCAAACCGCGUGAUACGCAACAAGUUGUGCAGCAAACCCAUUCUUCCAUGCAACAAAACUCGAAUGAAGUUGACGGAAUCAUACUGAAAGGACCGGCCGGAUUCUUGACAACAUUGGUAUCGAAUACAGACAAGCUACAAACGCGACACCAAGUCAUAUCACCAUUAGUCGAUGAAAAUAUCUUCAUGCAAACGUAUUUAACCGAAAGAGCAUUGCAGGAUACAAAGAUAAAGCAGAGCCAAAUGUAUCGACAUGUCGUGACAUCCACAAUCAAUACAACAACCAGCAGUGUGGUAUCGAAAAUUUCAUUGAUGGAUAUGGAAAGUAGGAGGACAUCAUUACCAACCUCUUUUGACAAGCAAACGUUUACAAUCAACACGAUUACUGUCUCCACAUCGAGUACUGUUUCAUCAAGUUCAGAGAAAAAGAUACAUCCAACCAUGUCAACUGCUGUGGCAUUACAGACUAAGCCUCUGCCAGUUGUUGAAAAGGUGAUUGCAAAUUCACAAAAUGGAUGCUCACGAGAAUUUGAGAAAAUUGUCAGUGUGGAAAGUCGUUUCGAUCGCAAUGAUGAUAACACUAGUGGCAUGGAUACUUUAGCUGAAAUUGCGGCUAGUUCAGUUAAAUUGGAUAUAACGCAGACUCGUAUAAAAGUUGUCGAUGCCGAAAAUUUGAAUGUGCCGUCUUCACAGCAGGCAAACAGUGCCAAAAGCGUAGCGUCGGAGUAUUUAAAGAUGACAUCGGCCGAAUUCAUGAAAGCACACCAAUACAAAAGUGAUCGCGAAGAGAGUGAUGAAAGUGAAUCCGAAGAUGAAGGUGGUCCAAUAAAGCCACCAGAGUUCGCCGGGGUGUUAGCUAGAAAAUUUGUCGGCGACGAUAACUUCAAAGGUAACGCUCCCGAUUUCAAUGUGGUUCAAUUAAUCCAAGAAGACGGCCGAUCAGCGUGUUCCAUAUGCCAUAAAACAUUUCCGAAACCAUCACAAGUCAAAUUGCAUAUGAACAUUCACUACAUGGAACGGAAAUUCCGCUGUGAACCAUGUGCAGUCAGCUUUCGCACACAAGGUCAUUUGCAGAAACACGAACGUUCCGAACAACAUAAAAACAAGGUGCUAAUGACAUCGACAUUCGGUAAUGUAACCACAUCGAACCCACGACCCUUCGAGUGUUCCGAUUGCAAUAUAGCGUUUCGAAUCCACGGACAUUUGGCUAAACAUCUACGGUCGAAGACCCACGUCCAGAAAUUAGAAUGUUUGCAGAAGCUACCGUUCGGAACAUAUGCUGAAAUCGAACGAGCUGGCAUCAGUCUAACCGACAUUGACACCACCGACUGUCACAAUAGUUUGGCCAGUUUGAAGCUAUUGGCUCAACGAUUGCUGGAUAAGGACCCGAGCAAAUUGAGUGGUUGGACACACGGUGACGAACAACACGUGCGCAAUUUUACCAACGAAUCGAGGGAAAGUAAUAGCGACGGCGAACCGAUUUGCAGUCCGGAUGAUGAAUCGAUCGGUGACGGUCGUAUAUCAGAUAGAGAAAUGGGUGGUGGUGGUAUGUCUGACGGUAGUGUGGUGUCGGGUUCAGUGAAACGAAAAAGUGAAAUGAAUGGCAUCUUUGAAUUGAAUGAAUCAGGAGUUGAAAAUCAUGAAAAAAGACUCAAGAUUUUUAGUGACACUUAGUGCCAAAUCUAUUUUUACUUUAAUUAAUUGAAUGAGAGAAGAUUGAAAAUAGUUUUUAUUCUAGAGAUUUUCUAUAUCUACACACAAGAAAAGAUUUUUUUUUUUUAAAUUAGCAGUUAUAACUGGUGAUAAUAAUUUUAAGGACAGCUACAUGAUAUUCAUUUUUACCAUAGAGUUUUGUUUUGUGAAUUUACCGGAAACAAUUGAAUCGGUCUACAUUUUCAACGAAAUGAUCAUCCGUUUUAUCAAUCGCAUUUCAUUUUACCUAAUACCGCUUUGGAAACAUACUUGCUCCGGCAUCCUUUUUUCAAUCGACUUAACUCCGACGACCUCCAACUUCGGGAAGACAAAAAUAAAAUCUGAUCCAUGAUCCAAUAAACAACCACAAAUUUUUGUGUUAUGAUUUCGAUUUGGAUGUAUUCUCAACGAAUAGGAGUUCCUUUUGGUGCCAUUACGACAUAUUCAGUUUAUUUGCCGGUAUUUUAUAAACAUUUUUGGAUUUAUGUUUUUGGGUUAUAACGGCAGCACUAAAAUGCUAUCUCGUCUAUAACUUCCACAAUAAUCCGACAAUUCCAUUGAAAGUUGGUGUGAACAAGACACCAUUAGUUUUGUCAAUAUACAGAUUCGCGAUACAUCUAAACACAAGUAAAACUCAACAUCAUAUGACCCACAAUAGUGAGAUUGCGAUAUUCCUUAUAAGUUAUAAGUUGACGUAAAGCUUGGAAAGUAUAAGUAGUGACGUCUCCAUCCACAUACGUCUUACGUUACGGCAGAGUAAAGUAAAUCAGGCAGGAGCGCUUGAUUUGACUAGGGACCUGAAUAAUCUGGUAUUUUCAUGUAUGAGGUCACUUAUUUGACGUUUUGAAAAUGCCUGGCUUAUUUUCCUCUGCUGUGCUUUCGUCGACUUAUAAUAAUGAGUGAUAACAUCAAUCUAUUUACAAACCCAAAAAUGAUAAUAAUUUGAUGCUACAAUAUACAACAACUGGAAAGGGUCUUUUAUGUUCGAGAAAUGGUAAAUGGUUCGAGGCGAAGCCGAGGCUCUAUAUUUCGAGAAUUGAUUGGCUGUACGAAGUUGGUUAAUUUAUACGCUACAAAUGAAUAGAACUGAUUUCGAAUUGCUGUUUUACUAAAAGAGUUAGAUGCCUUCUUUCUAAAUAAUAAUGUUUUAUCCCACCUUUGAAACAAAUAUUUGAAACUAGGUAAUUUUGUCUCCCCGUGUCGAGAGUUAAAGUCGAAUAAGUAAAAAGUACGAAUUGUUCGGAUUACCAUUUUACAAUGUAGUUUGUAUGACUCAUUUGGACAAAAUGAUUGAGUAAUCUUAUAGAGUUCCCUUUUACAUUUAAUUUUAUUUCAAGAAAUAUUGUGUUUUGCAUUUUCUAUACAUAAAAAAGGCUGUCAAUGUUUUAGUUAGCCUUGAAUGAUACUUCAAUUUUUUACAAGUUUCAAAAGUUGGCUGGAAAAAUGUUUUUUUCUUGGCAGGCAUAAAUUUAAAAUUUGGUUCAUUUUCGACGUUAUUUUAUUUCCAAAACCACAUCAACGUGAAUAAAAAUGAUAUCAAGACAAACAUAUUCAAAUGAUUAAUCCACAUUUUUAUAUUAAAAAAAAAAACAAAACAAAAACAAAUUGUAAAACUAUUUCUCUACAAUGAAAAAUGAACUAUUCAAACAAAUAUGAUACGAAUUAUUAAAAUAUAUAGAUGUCCAGUGCUUUAAUGAAGAGUAAAAAAAAUAAAUAAAUAAUGAAACAUAAAAAGAAUAUUUUUAAUAAGGAAAUGGAAACAACAUUUUAAGCAAAAACGAUAAAGUAAAAAUAUUAUAUCGGCGUCAUAUCAUAUUUAAAACAAAACAAAACAAAAAAAAAAACAAUGAGAGAGAGAAGUGAUUUUGUAGUUUCAUUUAAAAUUGUACAUAAAGAUAAUAUGGUGAAGAAUUCAUUUGACUCCGAUUUUUCUGAUUAUAUUUAGAUUUUAUUUUUUGGUUAUUUGUAUUUUAUAAAGUCUUCCAUAUCAUCAAUCAACAAUAGAUGUGAAAUAAAACAAAAUAUUUAAAUAAU